AUGUCACCAGAGCAGGAGGCACCGCUUGCCAAGAGACAACGAUUGGAAGAAGAAGAAGAAGGAGAAGGACAGCCGAGCACUACCAACAACAAAACCAACGACACCAUGUCUGCUGCAUCAACUGCCGCUCGUUUGGUGGGCAAACUCAAGCCCGAAUCGAGUAUCUUGAUGGUCUGUGAUAUUCAAACCAAAUUUCGUCCCUUGGUCUGGCGCGGAGAAACCGUUGUCAAGACGGCCCAGUACAUGACCAGCGUCGCCAAGGCACUGGGGAUUCCCAUGGUCGCCACACAGCAAUACACCAAAGUCUUUGGACCGACUGUUCCAGAAGUAUUUGCUACCCCGGAAGACUUGCAAGCGUGUCCCACAUUUGAAAAAAAGCUGUUUAGUAUGUUGACGGAUGAAGUCAAGGCGCAUGUGGAACCACUCCAGAAAAAAUCCUUUCUGUUGGUCGGUAUUGAAGCCCAUGUUUGUUUGCAACAAACGGCAUUGGAUUUAUUGGAACAAGGCAAGGAUGUUCAUGUGAUUGUCGAUGGUGUGUCCAGUCAACAACCACUCGAUCGAGAAAUUGCACUCCAACGCAUGGCAGCAGCUGGAGCCUAUUUGACCACGGCACAAUCGGCAGCAUUCAUGUUGAUGCAAUCGGCCAAUCACGACAAUUUCAAAACCGUAUCCAAAUUGACCGUCGAGCACAUGAAGUUGGAGAAUGAAUUCAAUGAGGCUUUGAAGAAAUAG